AGCCAGCCACGUGGACCGACUCGGGCACGCCGCUUCACGUGGAUUCCGGGGAGCUCGCCGCGCUUCCCGCGUCUCCGUGCUCGCCGCCACGCUCUAGCGCCCUGCCCAUGGCGGCCUUGGUGUUAGAAGAUGGGUCGGUCCUGCGGGGCCAGCCCUUUGGGGCCGCUGUGUCGACUGCCGGGGAAGUGGUGUUUCAGACCGGCAUGGUCGGCUACCCCGAGGCCCUCACCGACCCCUCCUAUAAAGCUCAGAUCUUGGUGCUGACAUACCCCCUGAUCGGCAACUAUGGCAUCCCUCAGGACGAGGUGGAUGAGUUCGGCCUCAGCAAGUGGUUUGAGUCCUCCGGGAUCCACGUGGCAGGACUGGUGGUGGGAGAGUGCUGCCCCACACCCAGCCACUGGAGUGCUGCCUGCACCCUGCAUGAGUGGCUUCAGCAACACGGCAUUCCAGGCUUGCAAGGAGUGGACACUCGGGAGCUGACCAAGAAGUUACGGGAACAAGGGUCUCUGCUGGGGAAGCUUGUGCAGGAUGGGACGGAGCCUGCAACCCUGCCAUUUUUGGACCCCAAUGCCCGCCCCCUGGUCCCAGAGGUGUCCAUCAAGACCCCACGGGUGUUCAAUGCUGGAGGAAGCCCUCGGAUCCUGGCUUUGGACUGCGGUCUCAAGUAUAAUCAGAUCCGCUGCCUCUGCCGGCGUGGGGCUGAGGUCACCGUGGUGCCCUGGGACACGGCAGUUGACAGACAGAAGUACGACGGUCUCUUCCUAAGCAAUGGCCCAGGCGACCCUGCCUCCUACCCCAGUGUGGUGUCUACACUCGGCCGUGUGUUAUCUGAACCAAACCCACGACCUGUCUUCGGGAUCUGCCUGGGACACCAGCUCCUGGCCCUUGCCAUUGGGGCCAAGACUUACAAGAUGAGGUAUGGAAACCGAGGGCAUAACCAGCCUUGCUUGCUGGUGGACUCUGGACGCUGCUUCCUGACCUCCCAGAACCAUGGCUUUGCCGUGGAGACAGACUCACUGCCGGCAGGCUGGGCACCUCUCUUCACCAACGCCAACGAUCAGUCCAACGAAGGCAUUGUGCACGAGAGCCUUCCCUUCUUCAGCGUCCAGUUUCACCCAGAGCACCAGGCUGGCCCUUCUGACAUGGAGCUACUCUUCGAUGUCUUCCUGGAAACUGUGAAAGAGUCCAUGGCUGGGAAGCCUGGGAGUCAGACAGUCCGUGAGCGGCUGGCUGAGUGCCUCUGUCCCCCUGGGAUGCCCAUCCCAGGCUCUGGCCUUCCGCCUCCACGUAAGGUGCUGAUCCUGGGCUCAGGGGGCCUCUCCAUCGGCCAAGCAGGAGAGUUUGACUACUCGGGCUCCCAGGCGAUUAAGGCCCUGAAAGAGGAGAACAUCCAGACCUUGCUGAUCAACCCCAACAUCGCCACGGUGCAGACCUCACAGGGGCUGGCUGACAAAGUCUACUUCCUUCCCAUUACACCUCACUAUGUCACGCAGGUGAUCCGGAAUGAGCGGCCAGAUGGUGUGUUAUUGACCUUUGGUGGCCAGACAGCUCUGAACUGCGGUGUGGAGCUGACCAAGGCUGGUGUGCUGGCUCGGUAUGGAGUCCGGGUCCUGGGCACGCCUGUGGAGACCAUUGAACUAACCGAGGACCGCCGGGCCUUUGCAGCCAGAAUGGCGGAGAUUGGGGAGCACGUGGCCCCCAGUGAGGCAGCAAGCUCUCUGGAACAGGCCCAGGCAGCUGCUGAGCGGCUGGGUUACCCUGUACUGGUGCGGGCAGCCUUUGCCCUGGGCGGCCUGGGCUCUGGCUUUGCUUCCAAUAAGGAGGAGCUCUCUGCUCUUGUGGCACCAGCUUUUGCCCACACUAGCCAAGUGCUAGUGGACAAAUCCCUGAAGGGAUGGAAGGAGAUCGAGUAUGAAGUGGUGAGAGACGCCUACGGCAACUGUGUCACGGUGUGUAACAUGGAGAACUUAGACCCACUGGGCAUUCACACUGGUGAGUCCAUCGUGGUGGCCCCAAGCCAGACCCUGAAUGACAGGGAGUACCAGCUGCUGCGGCAGACGGCAAUCAAGGUGACUCAAGCCCUGGGCAUCGUUGGGGAAUGCAACGUGCAAUAUGCCUUGAACCCAGAGUCUGAGCAGUAUUAUAUCAUCGAAGUGAAUGCCAGACUGUCUCGCAGCUCUGCCCUGGCCAGUAAGGCCACAGGCUACCCAUUGGCCUACGUGGCAGCCAAGCUGGCCUUGGGCAUUGCCCUGCCUGAGCUCAGGAACUCCGUGACGGGGGGCACGGCAGCCUUUGAGCCCAGCCUGGAUUACUGUGUGGUCAAGAUUCCUCGCUGGGACCUAAGCAAGUUCCUGCGUGUGAGCACCAAGAUCGGGAGCUGCAUGAAGAGUGUGGGUGAAGUCAUGGGCAUUGGACGUUCGUUUGAGGAGGCCUUCCAGAAAGCCCUGCGCAUGGUGGAUGAGAACUGUGUGGGCUUUGAUCAUACUGUGAAGCCGGUCAGCGAUAUGGAGCUGGAGACGCCGACCGACAAGCGGAUCUUUGUGGUGGCCGCCGCCCUAUGGGCUGGCUACUCGGUGGAGCGCCUCUACCAGCUCACCCGCAUCGACCGCUGGUUCCUGCACCGGAUGAAGCGCAUCAUAACGCAUGCCCAGCUGCUGGAGCAGCACCGUGGGCAGCCUCUGCCUCCAGACCUGCUGCAUCAGGCCAAGUGCCUCGGCUUCUCAGACAAGCAGAUUGCCCUGGCGGUUCUGAGCACAGAGUUGGCUGUGCGCAAGCUGCGCCAGGAGCUGGGAAUCUGCCCAGCAGUGAAGCAGAUCGAUACAGUUGCAGCUGAGUGGCCAGCACAGACCAACUACCUGUACCUGACCUACUGGGGCAAUAGCCAUGACCUCACCUUCCAGACACCUCAUGUUCUGGUCCUUGGCUCCGGCGUCUACCGCAUCGGCUCCAGUGUUGAGUUUGACUGGUGUGCCGUGGGCUGUAUCCAGCAGCUGCGGAAGAUGGGGUACAAGACCAUCAUGGUGAACUACAACCCAGAGACUGUCAGCACCGACUAUGACAUGUGUGACCGACUCUACUUCGAUGAGAUCUCCUUCGAGGUGGUGAUGGACAUCUAUGAACUGGAAAACCCCGAAGGUGUGAUCCUGUCCAUGGGUGGGCAGCUGCCCAACAACAUGGCCAUGGCUUUGCACCGGCAGCAGUGCCGGGUGCUGGGCACCUCCCCUGAAGCCAUCGACUCUGCUGAGAACCGGUUCAAGUUCUCCCGGCUCCUAGACACCAUCGGUAUCAGCCAGCCCCAGUGGCGGGAACUCAGUGACCUCGAGUCUGCUCACCAGUUCUGUCAGUCUGUGGGGUACCCCUGCGUAGUCCGCCCCUCCUACGUCCUGAGUGGUGCUGCCAUGAACGUGGCCUACACUGAUGGGGACCUGGAGCGCUUCCUGAGCAGUGCGGCAGCUGUCUCCAAGGAGCACCCCGUGGUCAUCUCCAAGUUCAUUCAGGAGGCUAAGGAGAUCGACGUGGAUGCUGUGGCCUGUGACGGGUUGGUAGUAGCCAUCGCCAUUUCUGAGCACGUGGAGAAUGCAGGCGUGCACUCCGGCGAUGCCACACUGGUGACACCCCCACAGGACAUCACACCCAAAACUCUUGAGCGGAUCCAAGCCAUUGUACAUGCUGUGGGGCAGGAGCUGCAGGUCACGGGCCCCUUCAACCUGCAGCUCAUUGCCAAGGACGACCAACUGAAGGUCAUCGAGUGCAACGUGCGCGUCUCCCGCUCCUUCCCCUUCGUCUCCAAGACGCUGGGUGUGGAUCUGGUGGCCUUGGCCACACGGGUCAUCAUGGGAGAAAAGGUGGAGCCUGUGGGGCUCAUGGCUGGCUCCGGAGUCGUGGGGGUAAAGGUACCUCAGUUCUCCUUCUCUCGUUUGGCGGGUGCAGAUGUAGUAUUGGGUGUGGAAAUGACCAGUACUGGGGAGGUUGCCUGCUUCGGCGAGAGCCGCUGUGAGGCCUACCUCAAGGCCAUGCUAAGCACCGGCUUCAAGAUCCCCAAGAAGAACAUCUUGCUCACCAUCGGGAGCUACAAGAACAAAAGCGAGCUGCUGCCAACUGUGCGGCUGCUGGAAAGUCUGGGCUACAGCCUCUAUGCCAGCCUGGGCACUGCUGACUUCUACACAGAGCACGGCGUCAAGGUAACAGCUGUGGACUGGCACUUCGAGGAGGCCGUGGACGGGGAGUGCCCCCCACAGCGAAGCAUCCUGGAGCAGCUGGCUGAGAACCACUUUGAGCUGGUAAUCAACCUGUCCAUGCGCGGGGCCGGCGGCCGUCGCCUCUCUUCCUUCGUCACCAAGGGUUACCGCACCCGGCGCCUGGCUGCUGACUUCUCUGUGCCCCUUAUCAUCGACAUCAAAUGCACCAAGCUCUUCGUAGAGGCUCUGGGCCAAAUUGGGCCUGCCCCUCCUCUGAAGGUGCACGUGGACUGUAUGACCUCCCAGAAACUUGUGCGUCUACCCGGGCUGAUCGAUGUCCAUGUGCACCUGCGCGAGCCAGGGGGGACACACAAGGAGGACUUUGCCUCUGGCACAGCAGCUGCCCUGGCCGGGGGCAUCACCAUGGUGUGCGCCAUGCCAAAUACCCGGCCCCCCAUCACUGAUGCCCCUGCCCUGGCGCUGGCCCAGAAGCUGGCCGAGGCUGGCGCCCGCUGUGACUACUCCCUUUUCCUUGGAGCCUCGUCUGAAAACGCAGGGACCCUGGGUGCCGUGGCUGGGUCGGCCGCAGGGCUGAAGCUCUACCUCAACGAGACUUUCUCUGAGCUGCGGCUGGACAGUGUGGCACAGUGGAUGGAGCACUUUGAGACAUGGCCCGCCCACCUCCCCAUUGUGGCCCAUGCUGAGCGGCAGAGUGUCGCUGCUGUCCUCAUGGUGGCUCAGCUGACCCAGCGUCCCGUGCACAUCUGUCACGUGGCGCGCAAGGAGGAGAUCCUGCUCAUCAAAGCUGCAAAGGCACGAGGGCUGCCGGUGACCUGUGAGGUGGCGCCCCACCACUUAUUCUUGAGCCACGAUGACCUGGAACGCCUGGGGCCUGGGAAAGGCGAGGUCCGGCCUGAGCUUGGCUCCCGCCAAGAUGUGGAGGCGCUCUGGGAGAACAUGGCCGUCAUUGACUGCUUUGCCUCUGACCACGCCCCCCACACCCUGGAGGAGAAGAACGGGCCCAGCCCUCCACCUGGCUUCCCAGGGCUAGAGACCAUGCUGCCGCUGCUGCUGACAGCUGUAAGUGAGGGCCGGCUCAGCCUGGAUGACCUGCUGCAGCGACUGCACCACAACCCUCGGAGGAUCUUCCACCUGCCUCCCCAGGAGGACACCUACGUGGAGGUGGAUCUGGAGCAUGAGUGGACAGUUCCCAGCCACAUGCCCUUCUCCAAAGCCCGCUGGACUCCCUUUGAAGGGCAGAAGGUGAAAGGCACCGUGCGCCGGGUGGUCCUGCGAGGGGAGGUGGCCUACAUUGAUGGGCAGGUGCUGGUGCCUCCUGGCUAUGGGCAGGAUGUCCGCAAGUGGCCACAAGGGGUUGUCCCCCAGCUGCAGCCUACAGCCCCUGCCUCCAGCGAGAUAACCACGACACCAGAGCGGCCCCGGCGGGGCGUCCCAGGCCUUCCUGACAGCCGUUUCCACCUGCCUCCCCGGAUCCACAGAGCCUCUGAUCCGGGUCUGCCAGCUGAGGAGCCCAAGGAGAAGUCCUCUCGGAAGGCGACUGAGCCCGAGCUGAUGGGAACCCCCGAUAGCAGCUGCUACCCUCCACCACCAGUGCCUAGACAGGCAUCACCCCAGAACCUGGGGACCCCUGGCCUGCUGCAUCCCCAGACCUCACCCCUGCUGCACUCACUGGUGGGCCAGCAUAUUCUGUCAGUCAAGCAGUUCACCAAGGAUCAGAUGUCUCACCUAUUCAAUGUUGCGCACACCCUGAGGAUGAUGGUGCAGAAAGAGCGGAGCCUGGACAUCCUCAAGGGGAAGGUCAUGGCUUCCAUGUUCUAUGAGGUGAGCACGCGGACCAGCAGCUCCUUUGCAGCGGCCAUGGCCCGGCUAGGGGGCUCAGUGCUCAGCUUCUCUGAGGCCACGUCCUCCGUGCAGAAGGGCGAGUCGCUGGCAGACUCGGUGCAGACCAUGAGCUGCUACGCUGAUGUUGUGGUGCUUCGGCACCCCCAGCCUGGUGCCGUGGAGCUGGCAGCCAAGCACUGCCGGAGGCCAGUAAUCAACGCAGGGGAUGGAGUCGGUGAGCACCCCACACAGGCCCUGCUGGACAUCUUCACCAUUCGGGAGGAGCUGGGCACCGUCAACGGCAUGACGAUCACCAUGGUGGGGGACCUGAAGCACGGGCGCACGGUGCACUCGCUCGCUUGCCUGCUCACCCAGUACCGCGUCAGCCUGUGCUACGUGGCACCUCCCAGCCUACGCAUGCCAUCCAAUGUGUGGGACUUUGUGGCCUCCCGUGGCACCAAGCAGGAGGAGUUUGAGAGCAUCGAGGAGGCACUGCCUGACACUGAUGUGCUCUACAUGACCCGGAUCCAGAAGGAGCGGUUCGGCUCCACCCAAGAGUAUGAAUCUUGCUUUGGUCAGUUCAUCAUCACUCCCCACAUCAUGACCCGAGCCAAGAAGAAGAUGGUGGUGAUGCACCCCAUGCCCCGAGUCAACGAGAUCAGCGUGGAGGUGGACUCAGACCCCCGGGCUGCCUACUUCCGCCAGGCUGAGAACGGCAUGUACAUCCGCAUGGCUCUGUUGGCCACCGUGCUGGGCCGUUUCUAGGUCCUGGCAAGGAAUCCCAGUGCCCCCCACGGGGGCAGCGCACUUAAGAGAUGAUCUGGGGCGUUGGGAUAGCUCAUACGCAGAACAUGCUGCGGGCUCCAGACUGCCCCUCCCUCCAAUGGGGUACACCUCGGAUGCUGGGGACCCCACCUGCCCCACCUUCAUGGCCUGUACCUGUGCUAUGCACUUCCUUUUUCUACUGAUUUAAUAAUAAACAGCUGAGCUGC